UUACGUUGGUUGCUGUGGUGAUGAAGCAGUUGCGACAAUAUGAUUGGACAGACGUAAGACUUUCGAGACGAAACGGCGGCAGAACCAUUUGGAUAGCGUGCAGUUCAUUGUUUACGUUUAAAUCAAAGGUCUGCUGUGAGCCUGGUUUAUCAUGGUGACGGAGAAGAGGCCGCGGGCUCCAAAUAGUGCUGCUAAGCCUUCAUCUGUUUUUGCCUGUAAGAUAAAGGCAAAAAUACUCAAUACAUCCUCAUUUUUCAAGGUUUCACUGAAAAGCAACAAUAAGGCCUUGGCCAGAGCCCUGGCAAAUCAGAGUGAGAAGACCAGACAGUUUUUUCAAGAGACUAUAUUACUGCGGCAACGUAUCCUUGCUCUGCAAUUUGAUCUUGCCCAUCAGCGGCAUCAGAAAAAGGAAUUGUUUGCCAUCAUUCAAAAUUUCUACAAGACCUCUAUCAAGAGCAUUGACAAGGCAACCAACGUGUUGGACAAUGAAAAUGACAGUUUUUGUGAAAAUGCAGACUCGGACCAUGCUGAUGAUGAGAUGGAGAGAGAGAUGUUUGGAAGUUUGUUGCAAGCACAUGACAAACCACCAAGGGACUCCAAGGUUGCAUCCAAGAGUGCCUCUCUGUUGACCAUUAACACAAAACAGGACUUAAGGCCUCCGUUUGAUCUGCGCAAAUCUAUCAGUUCUGUUGCAUCAUCUGACUGCUUAUUGCCCAUGCGUCUUUCAAGUAAGCAAAAAGAACAUGUGGAAGAGGAAGCAAUUCAUCAGCAAACAUUGGUUUGCAGCACAGAAAUGGACAUGACCGUCAUUGCCAGUGUUGCCCCAAUAGAAACUGUAGGCACCAAGACCACCAAAAGUCGGAGCAGUCACAAGAAUAUUACAGGAAAAGACGAAGAGCCGAGUUCCUCAACACCAAAUGCAGAGCACCCGUUCGACGCAGGACUUGGCAAAGCUAAGGUGAUCGAGAAAGCAUCAGCGGCUGUUGUACUAACUGAAAUGCGGGACACAUCAUUGGAGCUGCAGCUGAGUACUCACAAUGCAAAUAUAGAUGUUGAAUCUACAGUGCAGACUGGAAACGGGGAGACUGACUUUGUGAUUCCGUACAGAAAAACACAUUUUACUAAGCGGAAAAACAGCACGUUGACUAUUAGUUCCCAUAAAGGUACUGGGGACCUCUCAAAAAUGCCUGACCCAAGAAAACACAAUCUUGGAGGCACUGGAGAGGACACGUCACCAGGAAUGGAUUCAACAGGAGUGCAGCAUGACAUGAAAGCAGAUGUAUUGCCACCGCGUCCGAGGAAUAAUUUACUGAAUCGAAGGACUUACACCAUCUCAGAGAGAGCUUCGUUAAAAAAGAAGCAAAAGACCGAUCUCUCUGCAUUUACAGGUCAGAAAGAAAACUGUGUUACAGUCAUGGACUCUGGUUAUGAGGCGUUGGAGGAUAAGAUUCUAACGGAGUCUCCACAGAUGAGGAGCGCUAACAAUUCACUCUCUGCAACAAAUCGAGAUACUAGGGCGAAGAUGAGGGAAAAGAACACACAUAACGCAGGUAUCAGAGGUGGCACUGAGGGGGGGAAAUCCUAUUUUAACGAAUGGUUUGACCUCAGUGUAGACGGGGACGAACAAGAAGAGAGCAUCCGGGUUAUAAGUACACUCGUAGGUCCAAAUACUACCAAUGCAGAUAUUGCAACAGAAACUCUGAAAAACUGUGAUGAGAAGGACAUGGUUCCUCUUAAGGUUUCUUCUGAGCCCCCUGUGGUUAAACCCUGGAAGAUCAGUGACUUCCUUGCAGAUGAAGAACUGGUGACCACUAAGAAAGCAAAGAAGGCCCAUAAAGCCAAAUCUAAAGAGAAGAAAGCCACGCAAUCGAGAAAGCAGAAGGGAUCUUCACAGGAGAAGAGGCAAGGAAACGUCCGAAAACGUAAAAAGUUGCUUGAUGAAGAUCAGGUUUUGGAUAAACAUGACCCUAGUUGCUGUGUGGAUAAAUUCCAGUGUGUUAGCACCCAGCACCUUGAUGAUUGCGCUGACUACCACAAGGCUUUGAAAAUUCAAGAUCAACCACCAGUACAUCCAUCCACUGAAAGCAGUCAAUCAACAAUAAUGGGUGAUGCCAUACAUUUUAGCAGUGUAUCUGCCAUCUCAAAAGAUCAACCAACUCUUGACAACAAACUGAAAAGAGGAACUUUUGUUAUUUCUACAUGCCCUGAUCCAUUGGCCAAUAGCAAGAAAAACUGCAUCACUGAAGAGAUUAUACCUACAACCAACGGGGCAGCUUUGAAGUCAACAAGCUCCAAAUCCGGUUUGUUUCCUAAACGACAAACAUUUGUUUACCUGAAGAACUCAAAUAAAUCUGAGGCCUCACCCUGCCAACAAACGGGAUUACUGACAGAAGAGAGACCUCCAUGGGAAUCUCUUGAUUUUGAUUGUGCAAGCCCUUUCCCUGUUGAUACCCCUGCAUCAAGUCCCCCUUCAACGCGACCCUCUAUCGCCAUGGAAAUAUAUCAAGAGACAUCUGCAACAAAGACAAACCUGUCCCCAGAGAGCAGACCCAUGAAAAGCUUAACAAAUACAAACUGGAUGACUGAUGUAGAAUCUGGCCGAUCGAGUCGAAGGAAAGCCGGUGUCUCUUACAAGGAACCAGCUCUGAAUUCGAAAAUGAGGCGUGGUGACAAAUUUAGUGACACCCAGUUCCUGAGAUCACCUAUGUUUAAAGGCAAAAAUCACAAGAAGAAACAUAAAGCCUGAAGGGAUCCCUUUAUGGUCUGAAUGCUGUCAGAAUGUUUAUAGUGUAUGAUUCUGUGUGUUAUUGGUAUUCUGUCUGUUAUGUAUGUUUUUCUUCAAUUUCAUUUUCAAAGGUGUCUUUUGUUGCCAUUGUGUGUGUGUGUGUGUGUGUGUGUGUGUGUGUCUGUGUGUGUGUGUAUAUGUGUUUUUUUUUUUUUUUAAUUUUUGCAUUUGUAUCAAUAAAGGGAUAACCUGUUUUCUCA